CUCUUUGCCAAUAUCAUAUGGACAUCUCACAAACACUUUUCACUUUUCUCCCUUUUCUCACUGCAAAAUGCAAAUGCAUUCACCAACUUCAGCUCUUCCCAUACGGAGGAGCAGUGUAAUCGUCACCCCCAAUCUCCCCUCCACAUUCCCAAACCUCCAAAGAUUUCCAUUCCCAAAUCCAUGGAAUCGGAAAUCACUCUCCUGCAAAGCUGCUGCGUCUUCUUCUUCUUCAUCCCUUGGGGAUCUUGACCUCUACGAUCUUCUGGGCAUCGAUAGCUCCUCCGAUCAGGCGCAGAUCAAGCUGGCCUACAGAGCUUUACAGAAGCGGUGCCACCCGGACAUCGCCGGCCCGGCGGGUCACGACAUGGCCAUCGUACUCAACGAAGCCUACGCUCUUCUGUCUGACCCCAACUCCCGUUUCGUCUACGAUAAGGAGCAAUCAAAAUUUGCGGAUUUACGAGGCUACACAGGCAAGCCAAUAUACUCUGCAUGGUUUGGUCCAGAGAGUGAAAAUAGAGCUGUAAUUGUUGAUGAAGUGAGGUGUGUAGGCUGCCUAAAAUGUGCUUUAUUUGCUGAGAAAACAUUUGCGGUUGAAUCUGUUUAUGGACGAGCCAGAGUUGUUGCACAAUGGGCAGAUCCCGAGCACAAAAUUCAAGAAGCCAUUGGUGCAUGCCCGGUUGAUUGCAUCUCGGUUGUGGAGAGAUCGGACUUGGCAGCACUGGAGUUCCUAAUGUCCAAGAAGCCACGGGGAAACGUUAGAAUUGGAGCAGGCAAUACAGUUGGUGCUCGCACAUCAAGUAUCUUUGACGAUCUGGAGAAGUUCCAGGCUAGAUUUCAUGAUGCCAACACUAAUAAAUCUUCUAAAGCACAUUCCACGGUCUCGGAUGAACAAAGAGAUAUUCGAAACUCUGCCAUUCAAGCAAUCAGAGCAAUGUCAAACUGGCUAUACUGGCAAUCCCCCGGUUCUGGAAUCACUCAACUUCAGCGAAGCCUAGUACUAAUCGGGGGGAAGCCAAACGAGCCCAACAUUGAGAAGCUAAAAGCGGCUGCUGCAGCUAGGAAGCAAGGAAAGCUGACUAUAAGCGCCACUCACAUUUAUAGCGACGAGUAUUGGAUUCCAUCAAACCUUGUGCUGCCAGAGCCAACAAAGAUGAACACACCGGGCAGUAAAGCUUCACCACAGGCGUCUCGUUCUAAGAAACACAAGGAAUCAUCUGAGCGGGAUUCCCUGGCCAAGAAGCAUGAUCGAAGUAGGCCAUGGAGCGUGGCUAUUCCUGUAGUAACCGGUACUAUUGGAGCAGUUACAGUGUGGUUACAGAUUCUCGGGGGCGGGGAAGAGCUACCCAUACCCAGAGGACUAAACGAGCAUUUAGGUGGUUCUUUAGCAUUGGAUAUUGUCAAUAGCUCUGGGCUGCAGCUCAUUCUAGCAGGUGUUACUUGGUAUCUUAUUGGUUUAUACCUUACUGAACUGGUAGAAGCCCUUCUAAGUGUAACAAAGGGGCAUAGUAAAUAGUGCAUAUAUAUAUGAGAGGAAAGUUAUACAUUAUUUAUCCCUGUCCUCAGGUGUUUAAAUAAAUAUUUAGGGUACGUGACAAACUCUUGUAAGCAUGUAUGUUGUAUCUUGAUAGAAAUCUGUAUCUAGUAUAUAUAGAAAAAAUAUUGAAAA